GCCACUGUACGAACACAAUCACAUUAACAGUUUUUAACUGUUUAUUAAGAAGUAAAACUGGUAUCUGUCAUGUGGCUGUAGAAAGGAUAUUCAUUGGAUAGUUUCAUAUCACUGAAGAAAAAUAUAUUAAUGCAAAACGUUUUAAUGAAUUAUUCAAUUGUUAAACCAAUAUCGUUAUUUUACAUUAUUAAUCGCUUCUGCGAUUGUUAUAUUUAACUAUGGAAAAUGUUCCCGAAGAGUUUGUUAAAAUCCAGUUUAUAGAUUGUAAAGUCUCAGUACCUAAAUCACUUUUGCAGACGAGCUGUGAGCAUUUGAACGAAUUAAUAGUUUCUUGCUCUUCGUCCUCGUCAUCGUUGCAAUUACAAUGCAUGCUGCUCUCUUUUCAACAGUUUAUAAACUAUUUGAAAACACAUCAGCUUCAUUUGACAUCUACGGGAACUAGUCUGGAAAUAUAUAAACUUGGGAAAGAUUUCAAAAUAGAAGAUAUCCUGCCAAUCUGCAGAAAUUACAUUUUACAACAAAUCAAAAAUGAAAAUGCGUGUUUUAUCUACGAAUUUGCAUGCGAAAACGGCGAUGAAAUCAUCCAAUUUCGAUGCUGGCGACGUUUUGACGUCUUUUGUGACGAAAUCCUCGAUUCAGAAAGUUUUAUUCUUUGCAAAGAAAUAACAAUUUUACGAUUCGUUUCACGGCCAAUAUAUGCAAUUCUUCGAGAAGAAAAGCUGUUCUUUGCUUUAUUAAGAUGGGCAGAAAGAAGGGAAUUAGAAGAACAGAGUGUCAAUAGUUCCGCACAAUGUACAGAAGACACCAGAUCACAGCGAAUUCGUGCUCGUAUGGAACCUUUUCUACGCAUGAUACGUUUCCUGAGCGUGGAUAUAAAUAUAUUAGAAAGUUCCGUAUUUAAAGAAAAUAUUUUAACAGAAGAGGAAAUGACGGCAAUCCAUUUACGAUCUGUUUGUCCAGAAUUUGAGCUUCCUCCAACGAUUUGCAAAAAUCCAAACCCUCGGAGGAAUACGUAUUACGAUUCGCUGAUUCAUUAUGUCAAUAAACGCUUCGUUCACGCAGAAAAACGAAUUAAAUUUACUAAAUCGCAAACAUUUCAAUGCGAAUUUUAUGCAGAGGAAGACAGUUUUCUGAUUAAUUUUGUCCUUCCAAUAACUUACGAAAUGCCACAUCCGAUUUCUGUUGUAAUGGAUGUCAUUUUUUCAGGCAGAGAAGCAAACAUAAUAAAUGAGACCUCAAAGUGCUAUCAAACUGGAAACAUUGGAUUGGAAAAUCCAAUUUUUAUACCUAAGCAGUCAUCCGUUAUUAUAUUUGUCAAAAUUCGAACUACGGAGCUGUCUAAUUCCGAAAUUUUUGUUAAGUCCGAAUUUUAUUACGUCACCGAUACAGAAUGGAGCGAAUUUGAAUCAUCGAAUGCCAAAGGCCAAGAAAAUCCGUUUAAAAUUCAUUAUUUGUCUUGUUAUAUUUUUGAAAAAUAAUCUUAAUUAUAUUUCAUAUCC